ACCCACAAGAAGGCAAACCACCAAGUGGCGCGGCUGUCCCUUAGUUCUCAGAUUUCCUGCUCAGUCCUCGGGCCACUGCCUGGGUCUACAGGCCCAGCGGAUUGGAAGCCCCCCUCCCUCCGGCUCUGAAGGAGGCUGGGCCAGCCAGGGGGUUAUUUUGGGAGCAGCUUCUGAGAUCCAAUGGCCUUGUUAGGGCAACACUGACCUUUCUAUCCUGGGAGGAAGGCAGGGCUGGAGAAGGGGCGGGGCAGCCGGGAGAUCUGAGCCGCACGCCCACUCCGGUGGAUGAGAAGGGGGCCAGCGGCUGCUUCAGGGUGGGCAGCGGGAAUUCAGCCUUGGCUAGGCUGCUAAUGCGGGACUUGCCCCGCGUUGAAAAGACAGGACUCGGCUACUCCUUUCUCUGCUCUUCUUAAGGAGGGCACACCGGAUUCCAUGGAAGCUGGACCUGGGACGCUUUGUGGGAACUUGAAGUCUCUUCUGUCCACUUCCUUUGCGAGUUGCAACCUUGCUGGGAUGACUAAGGGGGCCUCCCAACCAUGGCAUUGACCAGCACCCCCACUGCUGACUUGGCCUUUGGUCUCUUUCAGCCUCUGUGGGCAUCUUGCUUGUUCCCCUCUUCUGGAACCCGGUGGUGAGUCUCGGGGCUCAGCCUGAGGGUGCCUGGAGACCAUCAGGUACCCCAACGGCCCAAGCUGGAGGACCGGGCCGGUGUCAGGAGUGAGGAUGAGAUGAGCGGGGGCCGCUUUGACUUUGACGAUGGUGGAGCGUACUGUGGGGGCUGGGAGGGGGGAAAGGCACAUGGGCACGGACUGUGCACUGGCCCCAAGGGCCAGGGCGAAUACUCGGGUUCCUGGAAUUUUGGCUUUGAAGUGGCGGGCGUCUACACCUGGCCCAGUGGGAAUACCUUUGAGGGAUACUGGAGCCAGGGCAAACGACAUGGGCUUGGCAUAGAGACCAAGGGGCGCUGGCUCUACAAAGGGGAGUGGACGCAUGGCUUCAAGGGGCGCUACGGAAUCCGGCAGAGCUCAAGCAGUGGUGCCAAGUACGAGGGCACUUGGAACAAUGGCCUACAGGACGGCUAUGGCACAGAGACCUACGCAGAUGGAGGGACCUACCAAGGCCAGUUCACCAAUGGCAUGCGGCAUGGCUACGGUGUGCGCCAAAGUGUGCCCUAUGGGAUGGCGGUGGUGGUGCGCUCUCCGCUGCGCACGUCGCUGUCUUCGCUGCGCAGCGAGCACAGCAAUGGCACGGUAGCUCCGGACUCGCCGGCCGCGGACGGGCCAGUGCUGCCCUCGCCCCCGGUACCGCGCGGUGGCUUUGCGCUCAGCCUGCUAGCCACCGCCGAGGGUGCGCGUCCCGCGGGGCUGUUCACACGUGGCGCGCUACUGGGUCGGCUGCGACGCUCAGAGUCGCGCACGUCGUUGGGCAGCCAGCGCAGUCGCUUGAGCUUCCUUAAGAGUGAGCUGAGCUCAGGCGCCAGCGACGCCGCGUCCACCGGCAGCCUGGCCGAGGGCACCGAGGGUCCCGACGACGCGGCCGCGCCCUUUGACGCUGACAUCGACGCCACCACCACUGAGACCUACAUGGGCGAGUGGAAGAACGACAAGCGCUCAGGCUUUGGCGUGAGCGAGCGCUCCAGCGGCUUGCGCUACGAGGGCGAGUGGCUGGACAACCUGCGCCACGGCUAUGGCCGCACCACACUGCCCGACGGCCACCGAGAAGAGGGCAAGUACCGCCACAACGUGCUGGUCAAGGGCACCAAGCGCCGCGUGCUGCCGCUCAAGAGCAACAAGGUACGCCAGAAGGUGGAGCAUGGCGUCGAGGGCGCACAGCGUGCAGCUGCCAUCGCUCGCCAGAAGGCUGAGAUCGCGGCUUCUAGGACAAGUCACGCCAAAGCCAAGGCUGAGGCCUCAGAACAGGCUGCCCUGGCUGCCAACCAGGAAUCCAACAUUGCCCGCACAUUGGCCAAGGAGCUGGCCCCAGACUUCUACCAGCCAGGCCCAGAGUAUCAAAAGCGUCGGUUGCUCCAGGAGAUCCUGGAGAACUCGCAGAGCCUGCUGGAGCCCCCAGAGCGGGGUGCGGGCGCCGGCCUCCCGGAGCGGCCCCGGGAGAGCCCGCAGCUGCACGAGCACGAGACCCCGCAGCCCGAGGGCGGACCUCCGUCUCCGGCCGGGACGCCCCCACAACCCAAGAGGCCCCGACCCGGGGCGUCCAAGGACGGCCUGCUGAGUCCGGGCGCCUGGAACGGCGAGCCCGGUGGAGAGGGCAGUCGGCCCGUAACGCCAUCCGAUGGCGCGGGCCGUCGCAGUCCUGCACGUCCAGCCUCGGAGCACAUGGCUAUUGAGGCGCUGCAGCCGCCGCCCGCGCCGUCGCGGGAACCGGAGGUGGCGAUGUACCGCGGCUACCACAGCUAUGCCGUGCGCACCGGGCCUCCCGAGCCCCCGCCCUUGGAGGACGAACCCGAGCCGGAGCCCGAAGUUUCCGGAUCCAACUCAGCGCCCCCGUCCCCUGCCUCCGCCACCGCCCCGGAGGAGCAGCCCCCUGCACGGCGAAGUCCGGUGCCCGCCACAACCGCCACUCUGGAACCCAAGCCCAUUGUCCCUAGAGCCGAGCCCAAGGCCAAGGCGCGCAAGACAGAGGCCCGAGGGCUGAGCAAGGUCAAGAAGAAGGGUCGUAAGGAAGUGGCGCUGGCUGCCGAGGCCGAGGUGGAGGUAGAGGAGGUACCCAACACUGUCCUUAUCUGUAUGGUGAUCCUGCUGAAUAUUGGUCUGGCUAUCCUAUUUGUUCACCUCCUGACUUGACGCUCAUCUACCAGAGCCAGGAGUUCCACUGAGGAUGCCAGGAUCUGUCUUUCUACAGUGCCAAGCAGGUGUCCCAGGAGGACUGGACUGUGGACCUGAAGCCUUGCUCCACCCACUCCAUGGAUGGUUAAAGAGGGCCACCCAUGAGCCCAUCCUGGGUGCUGGGAUGCCCGAGGAAGAGAAUGUCUAGGUACCCUCCAGGGCAAAGGAUGCCCCGAGAGAAGAGCCCGGGUGGUCCCGAGCCCCUUGUCCUGUUCCUACAUCUAUCCUCCGCCCUGCCUCGCCUUGCCCUGCCACCCUUCCCUGGACUUUUGUGUGCUUUGAGAGAUGUCACCUAAGCAAGAUAUUAAUACAAAUCUCUUCCUCCUAUGCCACCAUCAACCUAGUUCUCGGGUUGAUGACUUGAGGCCACCCAGGAAGAUGGCGGGUGCAGAAGUCGCUUGGGUAGUGAAGGUGUGAAGGACCUGUGGUAGGGCAGCCCUCCCCAGUCCAUGCUGCGCCAGGGUUUACAGAGCUCUGGAGGGCAGUGUAGGAAAUGGAGAAGCCCCGCUGAAUAUACCAGCAUGCAAUGCUCUACACCAUCCCAUAAGUCCAGUUGGCAUCCCCUAGGACCAGUAGCAGGGGACACCCGAGCAUCCGAGCCUUUGGCUGGGAGUCACCUACAGGGGUCUGCGGGUGGGGUGGGAAGAGGGCAAGGCAUGUUGGUGAUGGUCCCUGAUGUUGAGUGUCUGAGUCUGUGUCUGGAGUUCCUUUGGGGGGGUCACUGAUGGGCCCCGGGUCAUUGUGUAGGAGUCCUAGGCCUGAGAGCUACAGCUAACCGUGAUGUACUAUGAAUCGGCUUAUCCGCUGUGGGAUCAGAGGAGCCUGGUGUGGAAGCCCGUGGAAGUCAAGGGCUACAUCCCUGGUGCAUAUUCUCUGGCAGAGAGAAGCCGGAGACAGGCAUUAUCCAGGAAGACAGGAGUCAGUCUGGACUCCAGCUGGGGGCGGCCUAUGCGGUAACGCACUGUGCUUGGCAGAAGGUUUUCUUGCAUGCACCUCACUUGAAGACGUUUGCACCACACUGUGUGUUUGGGUCCUUGGGCUGCCUGGGUGCAGCAUGGCAGCUCAGGACCUGUGGUUCCCUAUUUCCAAAAGGAUGGGGGGAAAUUGUUUCCAGGUCCCUCACGUUUAGGGAAGAGGAGGCCACGGCAUCCAAGCUGAGUUGGAGGAAGCUGCUGAUACUCUCUGACUUCAUUUCUUCGAACCCCUCAGACUUGGGCACGGAAACCAGGCCUCCUCCUAGAGCAGCCUCGAAUAUGGAUAUUGGGGUUCAGCUUCCUUUUCUUCUCAGUCCCUGGGCAUCUUCUCCUUGAGUGUCACGCUGGCUAUUCCCAGCACUGCUGGGGCUUGGUGACUUGGUUGGAAUUGCUUUUCUACAGAGAGGAACCUGCAGAUGUUCCUGUACCAGCCACUGUGGGCAGGACUUGGCCUCUGGUUGGGUUUUCCUGGACUCUAGGGAAUGGGGGUAGGUGGGUGGAGGUUACUCAGGCGGUGACAGGCCCCAGGCCUUGACUCUGAGGUCGUUGCUCUACUCUGGGUCCGGUUCAACCCUGGGGACAAGCUUGUGACUGUCGGAGCUACCAGGGUUGUUUUUAGGAGGUAUGCGAUGAAGGGUUAGGGUUCAGGAUGCCAAGUCUGUUCCCCAAAUAAAUCUGCAUCUUCUCACAGA